ACUUCAUCCAUCAUUUCCAUCUGGAAAUUAUAAUCACCUAAAACCCAACACACGAAACCAAAACACAAAAAAGAAACAAAAGCUAGAGCUAAGAUGGAAUCCAAGUCACAAUCCGAUAAUCGUGUUUAUGAGGAAUUUGAAGCACAGUUUGAGUGGGCAAUUGAGGAGGGAUUGGACACUCUCUUGGUCCAUGUACCAGGUUUUAGAAGGGAAGAAUUAAAGGUUCAAAUAACUUCAGCAGGCAACCUCAGGGUCAGUGGUCAACGCUCGCUUGGUAAAAACAAAUGGAAGCGUUUUGACAAAGAAUUCACCAUCCCACCAAAUGCGGACACCGAUGCAAUCUCUGCAAAAUAUGAUGAACACGUAAUCUAUGUUAAACUACCCAAAAAAAUGAUUGCCCCAGCUGAACUACGUGAGGAGCAACAUUCAAAACCACAUUUAUUAGGACAUUCAAAGCCUCAACAAAAUCCCAAAGUUGGUGAUCAGCCAAAAUCUCAGAACUAUAAUUUUGAAGAACAUGAAAGAAAAAAGGCUGCUGAUGCUACUGAAUCUAUCCAAAGACAAAAGGAACAGCAGGCUGCUGAAAACAAGGUUCCACCAAAGGCCAAUGUGCAAGAAACUGCUAAGUAUGUUGCGCCGCAAAAGAGAACCAAGAAGGAGGAUGAAGCAAGCAGUGCAAGAGGGAAGAGUGAAGAUGUUUCAAAAAAGACAACAGAGAAGGCAAAGGAAGUAACAAGUUAUGCAGAUGGAAAGAGUAGUACUAGUACAGCAGCUGAUGAUACUACUAAUUACAAGUUUUCGCAAUGGCCACCAGAGAAGAAGAAGAGCACAGAAACUGAUAUUGCUAGCAAUUAUGUUUCCCAAAUGGAAUUAGAGAAGGAAAGGAGUGGUGGAUUGGAGAAAGCAGGAAAAGCUAUUACCAGCACAACAAAUGAAAUGCAUGAAACUCUUGACUCAUUUAAGGAGGCAGCAGAGAGGAAGUACAAAGAAACAGCUAGAAAUGCGGAUGGAAUUGGUAGAUCUGGUCUAAAUGGUUAUAGGGAAGUGGCAGGUGGUUUGGCCACGGAGAUGAAGAAGACAAAUACACUGAUGAACUUGGUUGUGGCUUCACUUUUGGUCCUGGUAUUUGCGCUUUAUCUUAAAAAUGCAUUAACUAGGUCUACCUUAAUUGAAGAGCAGUAAUGUAUUUACUAUAUAUGUACAAUUGACACUACUUGCAUAGACAAGUAAAUAAAUUGAAUAAAGUGGCUUCACAAUUAUUGCUAUA